GUGUGUGUGUUUUAAGACGGAUAGGUGGGUUAGAACAUCCCGCAUCAUUGAGAUAACGAAAACAAGUAAACAAACUCGAGCACCACAUAAGGUGAAGCACUUGUAUACUGAAUUAACAUUGUAUAUGAUGAACAAAGGCCCACCCUAUAAGAGUAUUCGAUCUAACAUUAUUCUCGUUUGCACGCCAAAUGACCAUGUUAAACUGAUGAUUAGACGUGGAAAUAUAAAAGUUACAAACACUCUUCAUUUCCACUAGAUUCCAGUGGAACAAUGUCUCCACGCACUAAAGACAGUCGUCAGCUGUUUAUUUCUGCGAUGGUUGGUGAGUUUGUGGAACUUCCUUGUGCUGCUCAGGGCAUUCCUCUUCCAAAUUACAGCUGGUACAAAUACGCAGGAACAAAUCAAACUCCGGUCUACUUGGACUCUCGGGUGAUGCAGUUAAGUGGAUCUCUCAUAUUCCACUCAGUAACUCUGGAUAAUGCUGGGAAGUAUGUCUGUGUGAUCAGCAACAGCGCAGGGGAAAAAAGAUACGAUUUAACUCUGAUAAUCAGAGACCAUCUUACCACACAAGUGCAGCCCCAAGAACAAACUGUUGACGUAGGAAAACUAGCCACCUUCAGUUGCUCAUUUUCUGGAUACCCUGUGGAUCUUGUUACAUGGUACAAAGAUGGAGAGCUAUUAUCACUGGAAAAUGUUAGAAUACAAACAUUAACAAACUUUUCUGUGUCAUUAAAUCCUGUACAGAGAGAGGAUAAGGGCAUGUAUCAAUGUGUUGUGUCCAAUGACCAGGAUUCUGCUCAGGGAACUGCUCAGCUUAUGCUAGGUGAUGCCAAGCCUGCUUUUCAUUUCGUAUUUUCUAAGCAAACACUUCAACCAAAGUCAUUCCCUUCUUUAAAAUGUGCAGCUUCUGGCAAUCCAACCCCUCAAAUAACAUGGACACUAGAUGGUGAAUCUCUUCAAGAAAGUCAAAAUCUCCGUGUGGGUGAAUAUAUCUCACACCAAAAUAUAGUGGUCAGCUAUGUGAAUAUAACAUCUGUGGCAGUGCAAGAUGGUGGGGAGUAUGAGUGCCGAGCAACAAACUCAGUGGGCAGUGUUGCUCAUGCGGCUAGAAUGAAUGUCUACGGCCCACCUUUCAUCCGUCCAAUGAGAGAUGUGUCAGCUGUUGCAGGGGAGAAUCUUUAUCUUCGUUGUCAUGCAGCUGGAUAUCCAAUCAACUCAAUUAUAUGGUACAAAGGGCAUAUACAACUGCCUGUUAAUCUUCGCCAAGAAGUGUUUAGUAAUGGGACCUUGAUGAUCUAUGAUGUUAGCCGAGAGAAGGAUGAUGGUGUAUAUACUUGUCGUGUAACAAAUGACCAGGGUCAGAGUGAUAAUGGAACUGUCCGAGUUAAUGUUAUGGUUCGCCCUGUGAUUUACCCCUUUUCCUUUCCGAAAAGCAUUCAGGUAGGUAUGAGAGCAAGACUUGUGUGCACAGUGAUUAAAGGGGAUCCACCAUUUACUAUUCGAUGGUAUAAGGACGGACAUCCAAUGCCACAGGAAUUGAAUGAAAAACGACAUAAUGACGUUUUUUCGAGUGAUUUAACUUUUGCUAACAUUCAAACUCAACACAAUGGAAACUAUACUUGUACAGUCAGCAACACAGCAUCCUCAGCCAGUCACAGUGCAGUGUUAAUAGUCAAGGUACCACUAAAGUGGGAAGUAGAACCAAGAGAUGCCUCAGUUGUGGUAGGCCAAAACAUCAGGAUAGAUUGUCUUGCAAGUGGCUUUCCUUCACCAGUAAUAACAUGGGAGCGGAGAAAUGGAAAUACUCCUGGUGACUACUCGGCAAUUGCUAGUGGGCCACACUAUGAGGUUUAUCCCAAUGGUUCUCUUCUCAUCAAGGACACCCAGUCAAAAGAUGAGGGACUCUACCUGUGUCAGGUUAACAAUGGAAUUGGAUCAGGCUUGAGUAAAGUAAUCUUUGUUACAGUUCAUGUUCCGCCACGUUUUGAAACCAAGUUCAGAAGUGAGACAGUCCGCAAGGGAGAGAAAGUCAUGUUGAGGUGCCACGCUUAUGGAGAUCAUCCCAUGACCAUUGUUUGGAAUGUCAACGGGCACCCACUGAGCCCUUCUGACAAUCCAAGGUACAGACUUCGAGAACAAGUAGGCAACAAAGAAAUGUCAUCAGAUAUUACUAUUCUAGCAGCAGAUAGACAGGAUUCAGACAACUAUACAUGCCUCGCAUCUAAUAUUUUUGGUCAGCAUGAUACCAAAGUAAAGCUCGUUGUACAAGAACCACCUGAUUCUCCAAGAAAAAUUGAAGUUUUAGAAAAGAAAAGUCGCUCAGCCAGGAUUGGAUGGUCAGUUCCAUUCAAUGGAAACAGCAAUUUAACAAGAUACCUUGUACAAUGUUCACCAAGCCAAGACUGGCAACAUCAGGUCGUUAACCUAACAGUGGACAGAAUUGAGAACUCUGCUGAACUAAUGGGACUGAGGCCAGCACAGUCAUAUAGAUGUAGAGUGAGAGCAGAGAAUAACAUUGGAAUUGGGCACCCUAGUGACUUGGUGUCAGUAAUUACAGCAGAAGAAGUUCUGGCUUAUUCUACUACAGUUCCUGGAGGUCCUCCUAGAGGAGUGAAGGCAGAUGCUUUGGAUUCUCAAACUGUUCGGGUCACUUGGCAGCCACCAGAAAAAGAACUAUGGAAUGGGCCACUGAAAGGGUACUAUGUAGGCUAUAAGAUACUCAACUCUGAUUCUCCUUAUCUGUAUAAAAACUUGGAGGUAGGAGAGCACACUCAACAGGAGGUACUACUGUCACAACUUGAGAAAUUCACAAGCUAUACCAUCCUAGUCCAGGGAUACAAUGCAAUGGGUGCUGGGCCUCGUUCUGAUGAGGUGGUGGUUCGGACACUGGAAGAUGUCCCAAGCGAACCACCAAGAAACCUCCAGUGCUCACCCUUAACAUCAGAGAUAAUCCUAGUCAAGUGGGAAGCUCCAUCUCUGGACAGCAUUCAUGGAAUAUUACAGGGAUUCACAAUCCUUUACAGACCAGUGGAAGGUAUUGUCCUCCCCACCUAGUCACUUUCUACUUUA